GUCGGUUAGUGCGGGGAACCUCUUUCUAAACUGACCCAUUUCGUUAACGGCAUCUCCCAUCAAGACACUUAAAAGUACAACGUCUGAUAGUAAUCCGGAGCUACUCACCAUUCCUAGAAGAAAGAGUUUCUGUACGAGUCACAUGGCGUCUCUGGUUGCGAUUAAAGAAGGAAUGGGUGUGUUUGCCAUGAAGGAAGCGGCCUGCGGUGGCGGCGGGAAUGUUGGUGGCGAUGGCUUUAGUAGGGAUAAAGAUAUGUUUGGAGAGUGGGGACGAGCAACAGACAAAGUGGAGGAAUAUGACCAGAUGAUGAUAAAAACAUGGAUAAUGCUACUCAGCCCUUUCUUUCUCUAUCUCCUUUCCUAUCUCUGCAGUUCCAGUCGAUUCUCAGACAUCUCCGAUCGUUCCCCUGUUUUCUCAAAUGAUUCAUCGCUACCACGAUGCUUUUCCACUUCCCGUGGGUCGCUGGACAGCAGGAUAUUUGAGGAAGAAGACUGUGCAGGAGAAGGAGUAGAGACAGAGCAAUCAUCAAUUGAAACAAUAUGGAGGUGGGUUGCAUCAAACCCUGAAGCAGAUCUGGCGGAAGCAGGGGAAACGACGCUGAAAAUUACUUAGAAGCUAAUUAUUUGGGCAUCUUCCUUUGUUUCACAUUAAACAAUUGUUUCUUAUAAAUAUAUUAGCUAAUUAGCCACCACCCAUUUGUCUGCUCUUUUCAAAAUCUUUGAUAUCACUUUCUGGGUCUUGGUGCUUUUUCUCAGGGGUUUUGGUUCUAGUUUCGAUCAGGGCAAGUGAGGUUUGGGUUUCUAUUUUUGUUGGAUUUUGCUUUUAUCUGGGUGUAUUCUUAUGUUGUGCUUUGUUGCUGAAUUGAAAUCGGUUUUAAAUGUUUUUUUUUUUUUUUGCCUCCUUUUUGUUGCUUUAGUGAAGAAGUAAGUAGUUUUGCUUCUGGGUUUUACUUGAAAUUUUCUGAUCUGGGUUCGCUUUCUGAUGUACGGUUGAUUUAUGUUAGAAACGGAAAAAAAAGAGAAAUAUCUAAAGAAAGCUUUAUUACUGUU